UCAAUGAGAGGCUGUUGGCUCCGGAGUAGCCUGCUGCUUUGUCUCAUCAUCCUUGGAUCCACUCCGGUGCCACGAACCCUCUGUAUGGUAUUCACAACCAUCUAAGAAAAAAGAAUUGAGAUGAAGAGAUGCGUUUUCCCUGUUCACUUUUUCCCCCCUUACGAGGAUUGCAUCUGUCUCUAUUAUCUUGUUCUCCGGAUCUUUUGUCUGCAGACGGCGGGCGGGCUGCAUGAUGCUCUGUCACGGUAACAGAUGUGCCGGCUGACUGAUGCUCAUGGCAACGUGCUGAAAGCCACGCCACAGUAUUUUGCAACAGAAGCAGAUUGGCAAGAGAUUAAAACGCAGGAAGACCACCACUAAUUUUCUCCUAGCUCGGACGAGGGGAAAACCUCUGUGAAUGAACCACAAUGGAAGAAGAGGAAGAUAAUCUAACAUCUGUCCUAUGAUGUGGCUUAUUCUAUGGAUACCUGAAUGGCACUGGAGCCGAAUGACUGAAUGCCGUUUAAUCCAUGAAUGGGCCAAUACAUUUGCUAGGUUCAAUUAGAAUGAGCUUCCCAAUCAGGGCGAGUCAUCAACCAUGGCCAGACAAGACACAUCAUGCUUCCUCCAUGGCUUUGACCUCAGUGCCCAUUUCGUCAACAUCAGGCCCCUCGGUGCCGGGGGCACUGGGCUGGUCCUGUCAGCCGUGGACCAGCGCACAGGAAGCCGCGUGGCCAUCAAGAAGUUGGCCAUGCGCGAUCCUGUCACGGUGAAGCACGCGCUGAGGGAGGUGAAGAUAACUCGCAGGUUGCAUCACGAGAACGUGGUGCGGGUACAUGAAGUCCUGACACCCCACGGACGACCGCCAGCUAGGGACCCGGCACAGCUUGGUGCGCUGUACGUCAUCCAGGAGUGCAUGGAGACGGAUUUGGCCCGACUGCUGGAGCAAGGAGCAUUGUCAACAGGUCAUGCCACACUGCUAUUCUACCAGCUGCUGAGGGGCCUCAAGUUCAUUCACUCAUCCAACGUGUUGCACAGAGACCUAAAGCCUGCCAACAUCUUCAUCAACACUGACCAACUGCUGCUCAAGAUCGGCGACUUCGGCCUGGCCCGGAUAGUUGACCCGCACUAUUCUCAUAAGGGUUAUCUGUCCGAGGGUCUGGUCACCAAGUGGUAUUGUUCCCCUCGUCUGCUUCUGUCCCCUAACAACUACACAAAGGCUAUAGACAUGUGGGCUGCAGGCUGCAUCCUGGCUGAGAUGCUCACUGGACGCAUGCUCUUUGCAGGAGCUCACGAGCUGGAGCAGAUGCAGCUGAUUCUCGACACAGUUCCGGUGAUCAGAGAUGAGGACAGACAGGAUUUGCUACAGGUGAUGCCUUCAUGUAUUAACCAUGGCUGGAAAAUCAAGAAGCCGUUUUCUGUGCUGCUACCUGAAGUGAAUGCAGAAGCUGUGGACUUUCUGGAGCAAAUUCUGACAUUCAACCCCAUGGACCGUCUGACGGCUGAAGCUGCACUAUCUCACUCUUUUCUUCGCCAGUACUCAUGUCCCGAGGACGAGCCCACCUCACUGCACCCCUUCCGCAUUGAAGACGAACUGGAGGACAGUCUGGUUUCAGGGCACAGCCUCAGCAACAGUCCCAGCCAGUCCUCCAGCAUCCACUGGGACAGCUUGUCAACAGAUUGGUGCUGGCAGGAGACAGAUGAGAAGUGUCGAUGCAUACCUUCAGGUUACAUGCUCUCUGAUAUGGAGGAUACCACAGAAGAAGACGAGGUGCAGAGGGACCCACGAGCCUGCUGCGCGUCACUUCUAGAGGAGGCCCAGGUGGAUCCACGGAAAUAUUCUCACAGCAGCUCUGCUGAACGCUACCUGGAGCACUCCCACUCCUCUCUGGACCGGGCCUGCGGUUUUGGGCUCAGCGACCUAGACUGUGGCCGCUCUUGCGACUACAAGGUGGGAUCGCCGUCCUAUCUGGAUCGGAUUGCCUGGCGGGACGGCAAACCUCAGCACUACUCAGAACCUCGGCUCAUUUUGGAUCUGUCACACUGGAAGCGCAACACCAGCAACCCUCCGGUGCCCAUCCAGCCUCUUGGUGGAAGCGUGGAGGACAUGAGUGAGGUGAAGGUAGAUGAUGAGGUUGCAGGAAUGGGAACUGGUGAUUUAUUCCAGGAGAUCUCCCGCUGGGUGGAAAGCACCCAGUCCCGUCUGUACUCACCCUGUCCCAGUCCAUCUCUGGAGCGGCACUCCUGCUACCCAUCCUCCCCGCCUCUCCCGCUUACCCCUACAGACCUCCCGACUCCGGUCUUCAACUACCCAGACGUGGAGCCUCAUCACUUGACUGAUGAGGACAGACUAAGCCCCUUUCCACCUGUUACUUCUCCAUCUCUCUGUUCCCUCCUCCCAUCAACUCCCACCUCUCCACUUUUCACUCCAGCAGCUCUUUCCACCACAAGUUCCUCCUCCCCCAUUGUCCAACCAGAUGAGUCGCUCCCCGUCAAGCAGAAAGAACGCCUCUUCAAUUUGGACGUGUUUAUCUCUCGAGCGUUGAAGCUGUGCCGGCAGAAUAAAGAGAAAGGUGACGGGAAAGGGCGGCGGGAGGAAAGCAAACAGGUUAAGAUCAACUGUAGGUUGCCACAACCUCCUGAGCACAGGACUCCGCCUCCCCCACAAACUUAAACACCACUGCAGGAUUUUACACAGCAACAGGUUUUUACCGGUAACUUCUAUAAACCCUCUUUUCUAGUAUUAGUGUUCACAUAUAGUUCAUCCUUGCACCUCCUGAUUUAAUAGGUUUUUAAGAGAUUAAUCUAUUGUAGUUACAGUGGUACUUUGACUUUGAGGGUAUCAUUUAACCGUAUAAUUUUUUCCCCCCAUGAUUAAAGUCAUGCACAAUUCAUUCGUACAUCAAAAAAUGUUCCCUUUUGGAAUGAAUCGAAAUAAAAUAGAUUUCUUCCAGUCCAAUUAAAAAGAAAAUAGUAGUAUUAUAAAAUAUGAAAACGAUACUACUUUCCGAGAUUUUCCAGUUACAAACCAUUUUUGUUGUUUUUGCUUUUUUGUGCCUGAGUACCGUUACGUUUAUCUCAACUAACAUUGGCAACAACAAAAAAAAAAAGCAGACAGGGAGGUCGGUUGGUCUUUCUGGAGAGAAACUGGCAGCAGAUGUUCAGCUCAAAAUGCUCAGCUUUGCUCUCAACACUGCCACCCGCCACCACUCUUUUAUUUAACUACAAAGGGCAGGAACAAAUUAACAUUCAAUAGAUUCACUUGUGAUUGGGCAGGUCUAUAGAACACUCACUCAUACAUGUUGACAGAAGACUGAGCUACCCUUAGUCCUUGAUUAAUACAGUAUAUCACUGAUUCAUCAAUUCAGACUUCCAGCCUCUGUCUAAUCAUAGAGUGGUCACAAACAGUCAACUCAAAACUUUUCGAACUCUGCCACAUACAAAGAUCAUUGGAACAGUUUCAUGUCAUAAAAUAUCAAAGUUGAUUUUGUACAAUUUUCCCGAACAUGUACCAACACAAAAUCUGUUGGGAGCAAACUUCAGAUAGGCCACUAUUCGAUUGAGGUUGUCAAGAAACGGGAGCCACAUUCAUUGUUUCAUUAUUAGAAGUACAAAAUGAAGCAAUGCAAGACCCAAAUGGUUUGUAAUUCAAAUUUGCAAUUGAAUUUGACAUAUUAUAUAGUAUUAUUGAGCUUCAGAAUUGCUUUGGUAAAGUCACUUAAGCAAUUAACAUACUGGAGCCACAGUUACUGUAAGUCCAUUUUCUUUUUCUGAAGAGGACAAACAAACAAAAUGUGAACACAGACUCCAACUCCUGAAGUCACUAGUGAUAAAACAUCUUCCACACUGUUUAAAUACAAGGGCACCUAACCAACACCUUAAAAGUACAAUAUGUACAAAACAAAUAUACUUUACAAAUCUAGCUUCUGAAUUGUAUGUUAUACUAUGUUUGCAUUAAAUACAGUGCUGUUUCUAACUACAGUACUUGGGGAAAUAAACGUAGUAUUUGGAGGGGUUAAUAUGUAAUAAUGACACUUUGAUUCAUUACAAUGGUGCAGAGAUUUUACGUAGAGUAUGUUCUAUUGGUCUUUGCUUACAAUUCUUUUAUGUGUUAAUAUACAUUUAAGUGUUUAUCAAGUGUGGUGGAAUAUGUUGACUUGUGUUUAAAUAAAUUAAAAAUGUUUUAUGCGGGAGGGGUUAACCUAAUUAAAAAAAUUUUUUUAUUACCUCAAUAAAUUGAACUUUCACCUAUUGCUGGUGGUUCUAGAACGGAUCCACACGAUACAACAUACUAGGAGGCAACAACUGGUUAAAGCUUCUCUUAAACAAUCACACUGCUUUGUACAAGGCUUUUCUCAGGCAAUAAGUCAUACAUAAUUUUUUCGAUAACAACAAUCAACUUUUUUCCAUUACACUUAAGUACUACAGGUGUGAAAUUCAAAGCCUGAGUGGCAGAUACAGCAACCCUCAUCAUUUUGAAGAAAAGCUUAACAGUUUUAGAAUACAUUUUCACUAAAUCACUUAUAAAUUUGACAAUAUUUGUACACUCAGAGUAUUGCUUGCUGCUUUUAUACAUGGCUUCCGAUUUGGUGUUGAAAACACUGUACAUAUAUUGUACAUGGUGAUUACAAUUUACUUGGUUUUUGGCGUCAAUACAGCCAUAAAUCCUGUUUGGCCCUCAAUGAAAAUGAAUUUGACACUUCUGCUCUUUACAGCAAUGUGAAAGCAGAGUGCAGAAAGCAAACAGAAUGUGUGUGUAGCACGUCUGCCUCACAGGUCUUAUGUUCUAGGUUAAAAACCGGUGCUGUCAGUGUCAACCAAAUAUGUUGCACUUGAUUACAAGGCAACGACACAAAAUUUCUCUUGGAGUUUGAUUUGUUUUUGUAUCCGGGUUACAAAAUUUUUAAAAACAAAUACCGGUAUCUUCCACAAACAGGAAGUUCCUCUGAAUGUACUAACCCAGGAAUACUAUCAGACAAGAUAAUAGCAUCCCAUUAUCUCAGUAUCUUGCUUGUGUAAAAUGUGCAACAUGGUUAUGUACAUGGGACAUUUUGUGACUGUUGUUGGUAUUGCAGAUUUGUUGAAUUUCCUUGUAUGCCCUGUUGCUGUGACUUGAUGGUUUUUUUGUGCAAUUUGUGGUGCAACAUGCAAUGUUAAGCCUAUUUUAUUGUGAAUGGCAUACACUGUAUAACACUUAAAUUCUCAUGCAAUCACACAUCUGAACAAUAUAAACUCUUAGUAAUCCUAAUUUUAUGCCUCCCAUAGUAAUAACAAUAAUUUUUUUUAAAGAUAGAAUUCCAUGCUUGUUAAAAGUUAAUAAUCAUGCUAACGUGCCUAACCCCUAGAAUAUGUUGCAUUUCAUGUCGCUUUUGCUCAUCUUUCCUGAAGUAUGAGGAACCUUGGUCUACAAAACAAGAAUUCAAAUGGACUGAAAUAAGAGACAAUUUGCACAAAAACUAUCUCAAGUUCUAUUCACUGUAGACACAGCACAUUUAAAUUCAAUAGCAUCUUACGGGAAGUUGGUUUCUUCUAUCUGUAGCAUUGAUGUUUACCAUAAGAUGCAACAAAACUGAAUGAUUUCAAAGAUGAUUCCAGUCCAAAGAGCACAUAGAUUUUUUGUAAUAGUACACGUUACACUAAACAAGCAAUAACCUCUCACAAAAAUUCAACACAGUUAAUGAACUAAUUUUCUAGUAAAUGAUGUAACACAGCACAUAUCUGUGCUUCUGUACAUCUCGAUGCUUCCCAGCUUUUUGAAUGUAAACAAAGCUACCAAAUUGCAAUCUGCAUGUAUUGACCGUAAUACAAAUAUGUUUGACUUCAUGUGUCUUUGCAGGCUUUUUCUACUACAUUUUACUAAAUGCUAAGUACAAAUGUUGUUUUCUUUUCGCCUUUUGAGAAGAAAGCAU